AUUUUCUUCAAGUUCAAAUUCUACUUCUACGCAAAUUUUCCGACUGAAUUUUACGAAAUGGCUUUACGAAGGCCAAUAUACAGGCUGCUGAGUUCAGGCAGGAGCACCAGGGCUCGCCAAGUGCGCGCUGUCCACGCCGACACCGCCAGUCAUGACGACAACAAGGCCAAACAAACGCAUUUCGGCUUCCAAACAGUCGAUGAACAUGAGAAGUGGAAGAAAGUACAUGAAGUGUUUGAGACAGUGGCUGGGAAGUAUGACCUGAUGAAUGAUGCCAUGUCACUGGGUAUCCACCGAGUGUGGAAGGACAUCUUCAUGCAGAGACUGGCACCGCUGCACGGGACCAAGCUGCUUGAUGUUGCUGGGGGCACAGGAGACAUAACAUUCAGAUACCUCAACUACCUGAAGAAUCUCGGUCCAGCACCCGCGAACAAGCGCAGCCAAGUGACCGUCUGUGACAUCAACCAAGCCAUGCUGGAUGUGGGCAAGGCCAGGGCCCAGAGGCUAGGCUACACGGCGGAGUCAGGCGCUGACAUCCAGUGGAUGUGCGGCGACGCGGAGAGCCUCGCCCUGCCCGACGACUCCUACUCCGCAUAUACCAUCGCCUUCGGGAUACGGAACUGCACGCAUGUUGAUAAGGUAUUAGAGGAAGCGUACCGCGUGCUAGCCCCGGGAGGCCGCUUCAUGUGUCUGGAGUUCAGCCAGCUGCCCAACCAGCAAAUGCAGUGGUUAUACGACCAGUACUCGUUCCAAGUGAUCCCAGUGCUGGGGCAGCUGCUCGCGGGGCAGUGGAAGCCGUACCAGUACCUCGUCGAGAGCAUACGACAGUUCCCCAACCAGGAAAAGUUCAAAUCAAUGAUUGAAGAAGCAGGGUUCCGCCAAGUGACUUAUGAGAACCUCACAUUUGGGGUUGUCGCCAUCCACUCCGGAUUCAAGAUAUAACCCCAGUUAGAAGACUCCUGAUGAAGACCUACUUAUAUCAUCAUGAACUAAUUUAUAAUUUAGUUACCUAUUUAUCUAUUGUUAUGUAAUGGAUGUUUAUAAUAAGAUUAAAUAAAUUGUUUUACAAAGUA